AUGGAACAGCUGCGGGGCACUUGUACCCGACUCAGGGGCCACAGGAAUGAGUUACAGGAUGUUGCCCAUGACAAUGCCACCGACGGGGAUUGUGCCACGAUCCAGGAGCGGAUCUUUUACAGGGUCUACACAUGGGAUUCCGACGAUGGUGGCAAGCAUACCACCUGUCGGUCUGUGGUGGUCCGCGUGAUGAUACCGCCUGCCCGCAGGGGCAAGGACCUCAAGCGUAUGAUGCAGGUGGUGGGGAUGCAGCUGGAAGCAAGGAUGCAGCUAAUCAGCGGAAGCCACCAAGCAGAAGAAGGUUUAGAGAAGUGCAAGAAGGAGAAGGAAGGGCAGGAUACAAGUGGUGCGCCCAAGAGGAAGAACACUUCUAUCUCGGAUGGCAACAUUCUGGACGCAGAGCUCACGUUCGUCAGGGGCAAAGGCCUCGGCCUUGACAUCGGCGCUCCAGAGAUGCGGUGCUCGCGCCACACUCACAGAUUGUUUGUCGCCGUCCUGUUGGCGGUCGCCGCUGCCGCUUCGCCCAUCGCGCUGGUGCUGGACCGCAAGAGCCUUGACGAGGGGCAGAUCAUGGGGGUGCUGCAAGAGGGGGACGUGGCGGGUGCAACCUUGCUGGAGGUGCCUUGGGUCAUGCUGCCAGAGGGCUCCUUUGUGCGACAUCCCAAGAUGCGGCAGGGCCGGAUAAAGCUGCAGCGCUGCGGCUGGCUCAUCAGCAAGCACCCGGAUUACGGCGAGCUUCUUCAGGCGUGCAGUACCGAGCAGGUGCGGAAGCUCUUUGAGGAGGAGGCCUUUUCAAAACUGCCGCUCGUGAAGGAGGCCGUGGCAGCGAACCGGCCUCUGCAGUUGGAGGAGGACAUCCCGCCGACAGGCUACAGGGCAGCCUCGCCUGCCAAGCCAGCGUCAGCAACUGCAGUUCCUGCGGCGAUGUCCACGUCGGCUGCCCAGCAGGCGCCAAAUUCCUGGCGACAGGGUCGAUCCGAAGGAUCCCUG